GGAACGGUCCUAUGAAUACUUCCUUCUAGUCCUCCUCCUCCUCCUCCUCCUCCUCCUCCUCCUCCUCCUCCUCCUCCUUCUCCUCCUCCUCCUACCUCUUCUCCUCCUCCUCAUUCUCUUUAUCCCCUCUCCCACCUUUGCUUCCACAAUUUACCUCUUUUUAUAUGUAUUACUUCUU